GUGUGAUUGGUUAGAAUUCAGAGCUUGCCCCGCCUUCGGAAAGCCACAUUGCUUCCGCCCUCUCUGAAGCUGCACGGCAUUGUGCGCAUGCGGGAAUCGAUUUAAUUUAAAAAAAAAAACAACCCACCAUUGAGACGGUAAGAAUUUUUCGCCGCGUGAACACUUGGUCCUUCUAUCCCCUCCAGCUUCUCGACUGCUCUGGGUGCAGCCUGUCCUGAAGAGCACCAAGGGCAGAAGAAAGGCUCUGUUACCGUAAUGGUCUGCCUCCAGCGCCUUCUCCUGAGUCAGCUGCGUGAGGAGCAUGGAGUCUGAGGCUCAGAGUGAGAAGAUUAGCAUCAGCGCUGAGAGCCCCAGAGGAGGUGACGUGGGGGAGCUGGGCAUCGGGCUGCCCAGCUCUGCCAAGGGCCGCCCGGGCACCUGGAGGCAGAAAUGUGCCGCCUACGUUCUGGCCCUGCGGCCCUGGAGCUUCAGCGCCUCUCUGACCCCAGUAGCCCUGGGCAGUGCCCUAGCCUAUCGGUCCCAUGGUUCCCUAGACCCAGGGCUGCUAGUGGGCAGUGCAGUGGCUGUCCUGGCUGUGCAUGGAGCAGGUAACUUGGUUAAUACCUACUAUGACUUCUCCAAGGGCAUUGACCACAAGAAGAGUGAUGACCGGACAUUGGUGGACCAGAUCUUGGAGCCUCAGGAUGUGGUCCGGUUUGGGGUCUUCCUCUAUACCCUGGGCUGUAUCUGUGCUGCCUGCCUCUACUGUCUCUCCACUCUCAAGCUGGAGCACCUGGCCCUGAUCUACUUUGGGGGACUUUCCAGCUCCUUCCUUUAUACUGGAGGAAUUGGAUUUAAAUAUGUGGCGCUUGGUGACUUGGUGAUCCUCAUCACGUUUGGGCCCCUGGCUGUCAUGUUUGCCCAUGCAGUGCAGGUUGGCUAUCUGUCUGUCUCACCACUGCUCUAUGCUGUCCCACUAGCCCUCAGCACUGAGGCCAUCCUGCACAGCAACAACACACGGGACAUAGAGUCUGACCGACAGGCAGGCAUUGUCACCCUGGCUAUCCUCAUCGGCCCCACAUUUUCCUACAUGCUCUACAACACACUGCUCUUCCUGCCCUACCUGAUUUUCUGCGUCUUGGCCACACGUUACACCAUCAGCAUGGCGCUGCCACUACUCACCAUUCCUAUGGCCUUUUCGCUGGAGAGGCAGUUCCGGAGCCAGAGCUUCAGCAAAAUUCCCCAGCGGACAGCCAAGCUCAAUCUCCUGCUGGGGCUCUUCUAUGUUUUUGGUAUUAUACUGGCACCAGCAGGCACGCUGCCCAAACUGUAAUGGCGAGAGCCCCAUCCCAUGACUUGAGUGUUAGUGCCUGAGCUCGCGGUGCAAGUGGGGGGUUUGUUAUGGAUGGUGGCCAGAGCAAGUGAUUUGAGCCAGUGACCCCAUGUGAAUUUUAUGGGCUUUGGUCUUGUUGAGAUAAGCGGUUUCUCUUGUACUAGAGACUUCCGAUGGUGUCUUAGGAAGUUCUUCUCUGGGAAGAGGGUUGAAUUGACCAUGUGGCUCUGGCUUUCUCUCGGUGCUUAUUGCAGUUCACCAUGUGAGUAGACAGACAUUUCAAGGACUUGAUGCUACUGCCAUUGAAUUCAAAGGGACUUUCACUAUUAACUUCAAUAGGAGUAGGGUUGAGCCUUAAAUUUGAACUUUUCCUUCCCCUGAUCUGUGAAUCAUCCCCAUACAACAUGAAGGGGAUUCAGCAGCUCCACUCCUAUGCUGUAGCACAUGCAAGUUACCACUGAAUGCUUUAUUUUUGUCAGCAUCACAGUAAAACAGAUGCUGCUACUUCACUCCUCCUCCAACUUCAUCUUCACCACCUGGUCUGGUUCCUCUCCCUCCCCCCCAUUGCCAAAUCUUGAGUAUACACUUCCAGACAUCCUGGCUAUAUGAAAUGGGUCAUGGGGUGUCCAUUAAGAACUGCUGAUUUACGGAAGACAGCAGCUUCUGGUGCUCCCACUGCUAGUUCCUCUCUACCUAGGCAUUUCUAAAGCACCCAUUGCUGUAGUAUAUAGGUGCUGAAAUGGAACACAGCUGGUCCAUUGCACUGAGCUUUAAGCCAAAAGCAGUGAACUUCCACUCCUCCCUCUUUAAGUAGCUGGGGGCCAGAACUGCAAGUUGUACAGCUAAGAAGCUCACAAGACUUGGUAGGAUGAAAAGGUCUGUUGUUAAAAUUUUCUCAUGCUCAGACCCUUCUGCCUGAGAUGAAAGGAUCUUGGUGUUAAAAGAAGCUGUCAGGCAGGGUGACAAAGCUCUGUAGACAGCUGGAUAUUGACUAACAUGCUGUGGUAGCCAAGUCUCUUAAUAGCGAAGCAUUUUCUAAUUGUCAUCCUCCAUAUCUGUUGUCUACUUAAAGUCACUUGUCACCCUAAAGCUGGUGGCAGCAAGGGAGAAAGAUUGGGGCAUUGCAGGAGGGAGUCUGAAUUUCUGCCAUGACUUUGCACAGACAUCAGGAUAGUGAAUUAUUCUUCUUGUUGAUAGGUUCCUCUUCCCAUUUCCAGUGGGGACCAAGAUUUUGAUGACCCCUGUGAUGCAUUGGUCAGUUUUGAAGUUCUAGAUCACUCCUCAGGAUGAUGUCCUCAUUGGUACUGGAUAUUCUUCCUGCAUAUCCUUCCACUCCAAUCCCUGCUCUCCUGUAAGGAUGCUAAUAUAGCCCUCUGGAUGAGUGCUAUUCCUCACAAGAGAGUGGUGUGAAACACGCAGAGCCAAACACAGCUAUGGGGAUGCUCCAUUAGGGCACAACAGGGUGAUUUUGGCUCUCUCAUAUUUUCCCAUGGUCACUGAACCCUGUUCUUCAUUGGGAAAUAUUUUUGUUCCCUGUGUGAAACGGCGAGUGUUGAUGUAAAAGCUCUUUGCAGGACUCCCUUGAAAUGUCCAGAUUGAAUUGAUCUGGACCUUGUUCUAGAACUCCAUCUGCCAGGAGCAUAGUGUUCCUGAGCCACAGGGGAGGAUAUUAACCAGGGCACAACGAGCCUUUUAGUUACGAUCAGUAAAGUCCAGCAGGGUAUGCAGUGCUGCAUAUCCACCUUGGGCGUGUUAUGGCAAUGAGAGGUUAUUCACCUGAGACUGGUUCAGUGCUGCAUGUAAUGGAGGAAUUACGACAACUAUAAAAUGGAACUGGCACCGACAUGUUAUAUAGGUGGCAUCAAAGUGUUCAAAUGGUUUCUGGUGACUUAGCUGCUAGUUGUGAUUGCUUCACAGCUGGACUCUGUUACUCAGAAGCAAUCUCAGCAGGCAGGUGACAGCUUUCACCAGCCUCAGGUUCAGUUAUUAAAAUAGGGCAAUGCCUGGAUCAGACUGUCUCUCCAGGCUGCCUAGGGAAAACAACAAGGGAAGACUGGUUUAAGCAGCCAGUCUGCUGCUUUGUACAGUGGAGAACUUGGCUUUGGAUAGAAACCCAGUCAGAAGGGGUUGAUCUCAGCUGGAGAGAGAGCAGCAUCUAGCAAUACUUGGCAAUGAUUUUCUGGGCAAAUGUACACUUCCUGUUUUUGGUUGCUGGCUUAGAGCUCCAGUGGGCUGAUGAUGAGCAUUUGUCAAAGAACCAACUCUGUCUUCUGCCAAGCACAUGCUGUCUCAGAGACUGAGGAGUGGAAGUGAUGGUGAAAUCAACCCCAGUGGUAGAGAGAACUAUUUCCUAAUAGAGCCCAUUCUGCAAGAUGGAAUGGGUUGAUCUGGUUAAUCCCAGGGUUGUAUUGUUUGUAGCUCUCUCAGCAGAUACAUCCUGUGCCCUGUUCUUGUUUGUUAUGAUAAUAUGUCUAGCUCUUGCAUAGCUAUAGUUUAAUGCGGGUUGAUGUGGCAAUUUUUUUAUGCACGUUUCCUAAGCCAUGUUGCUUCUGACAGUCAGAACGUGAAUAAGAAAUUUGAGAGCUGUAGCUCUUAUGGUGAAGGAGGGUGAAGAAUCUAGGAAAUAGUCCUCAGUGGAACAGCAACACAUAACACUAUGGUUGAUCUCUUCCUUACAAAAAAAAGACUCCUGGUUAGAAAGUCUGCCUGCUAGUGGGAAAGACCAGUGCUAUUGCUACAGAGCUGGAGUGAGAGGUGACGUGUUUCAUGCAUUUGUAGCACCAUUUUCUUGGGCGUUCAGUGAUUUACAGACGCAGGGAUUAGAAGAAAAGGUGUCCAGACUGCUUCCAUUCAUUACCAGCAGCAUACACAGAAGACUUUGGAAGUCUUGAGGGUGUGGGGUGGUCUGUGUACGGUAAGGGAGCUAGAAACGCCUGGAUUAUAAUCUUAACCGUCUCAUUUGUUUCCCCCCCAGUGGCCUUGGGCAAGCCACUUAAUUUCUCUGUGCCUUGGUUUUUCCACCUGUAAAAUGGUGCUUAUUGUUGCCUACCUCACCGGGUGUUGUGGGGUUAAUGUCAUUUGAUAAAGAGCUUUGAAAGUAAGAAGUGCUAGGCUGGGUAUUGUCUCAGGCACUCUGCUUCUCAGGCCUUACUUAUAUGGGAAAAUCUUUUUGGUAUAAUAUAAGAUGUGAAUUUAAACCAGUAAAGUUAUACCAGUAUUGCACCAUGUGUAUGAUCUUAUUCUGGUUUGAGAGGCCCCUUUUUGGUUUAAUUUAUGUUGCUUGGGACAGGAUCUAAGCUAAACAAAAGCCAUGCUUGCGUGCCCAGAUGGGGAUUUAUACUAGCAUCACUGGUAAAACUUUCCAUAUAGACAAACCCUAAGGCAACCUGUCUUGUGUUACAGGGUCUGCGCUGAGAAUAUUGGGUGUCCAGCACCUCUUCUGAUCAUAGGCCUUUUCAGUUUUGAUCAGGCCACUUGCAAUAAGCUGUAUCGCUGCAUGCUGAGUCUCUGCUGGUAGCCGAGCAGAUCUGUGGCACAUCUGGCCAUCGUAUAUAUUAAAUGGCCUCCUGACCUCUCCUCUCGCCCAGGCAGUGGUUCAGUGAAGUGUCUAAACGUUCCAUUUUUAACAAGCUAUGGUUAAUCAUUUUAAAUGGCUCCGUGUUGCGUUUCUGGGCUUGGAUCAGAGUGGUCUUCUGGGAGAACAUGUUUCCUAUGGACACUCCUCUGCACAGCUUUGGAGUGGAAGCACUGGAAAGCACACACCCUAGGUACGCAUGCGGUAGGCUCCUUUGACCAUAAGAGCCCUCUUGUGAACUAGGCAGCCCUGUCCUUAUAUGUUGAGGGAUAAUCCGUUCAAUUGAAAGGGCAAACGUAUGUUUUAGGGCAGAUGUUAAUAGGUUUUGGUGAUCUAAUCUAUCAACUGUACCCUCUCUGGAAUACACCUUUCUAGGUAGGGCACUGUUGAACCUGAGUAUUUGUAAUUCUGAGACUGACUUCAAUUGAACUUUGUCUUUUUAAUAAAGUUAAACUCGCUUAU